AUGGCUCUGAGCGGAGAGUGGUCAUCCAUGGAGGUGAGGCGUACACUCGUGAAGAUUCGGGAUGGUAUUGAAACUUCUCCAGGGCGAUAUUGUUUCCAAGACAAACUUACUGGGGAGGUGAUCCCAAUCCCAGAUGCGAUAUCCCCCCAACAACGAAGAAACACACCCCGAACAGCACCUAAUGAAUCGCUCGAACCACAGAGCGGUGACAAUCAACGUCGCCCCGAUGAUCGGUUUAACUUGCAGAGAAGUGGAAGAGAGUCUCGAACAACCCCUAAUAGAGGGGAUGCAAAUCCUAAUCCUGUCAAGAGCACUGUUCCAAUCCGCACCAGACAACCAUCGCUGUCGCAGCAAGAGACAUCGACCGUCGGGGCAGCAUCUCGUUCAUCUUCCAUUGUCCUUGAGUUUAUUAAAAUCCCAUUCAACAACUUUCUGGAAUGCAGUCGCUUUAUCGACCAUAAUCACGACAUCCUCCUGCUUACCGAUUUGGAGAGCUUUCUCGAUGCUGCAGUCCAGGCGAACAGCAACCAGGAUGAGAUGCUGUUAGUGCGAUGCAUCCAACGCUACGUGAUUCUCAAAGCGUGCAGAGACUCGCCGCCUGAAGAUUGCCGCAACUACCUUACUUUGCUGGGGCGUAAAGACCCUAAGGAAUCAAAAUUGCAAGAAUAUUUCAACGAGUUCAACAGGGUUGCCGAUGAAGUGCGCCGGCGAACUCGGGAAGUCUCGGGACCUCUUCAGCAGCAUGAAGCGAAGGUUCCUGAGACACAAGAUCGAAGUCAUGGUCUUGCGGAUGUCCAUACUUAUAGUCAAGCAUUGUCUGCUGGUCGUGGAGCUUCCUACGUAUCGCAUGCAAAUCCGUUGGGUUCGCAUGUUGGUCGUGGUCCCAACCCUGCACCAUUGGCGUAUUCAAAGCCAGCAUUACUCUCAGCAGCAGCACCAAGAACAGGACUGCCGACCAAUGAUAGCGUCCGCCAAACAAGUGCUUCUGGAAUUCCAACGCAAGCGCCACCCGCGAUUAAGAAGGAUACACAACCAGCUGCUCUUCCGGUGCCGCUCUCACGGAUAGGUACUGGUCCUCAACAAGACACAAGGAUACUCGAUCAGCAGCAUGAUGCAAGAAGACAUCGGGAGCAUACGAGAUCUUCCAAAUCCUAUGAGAGCCAUGACUACAAACACAAGCAACCAACUGCUAACGGUAUCGAAAACGUUGAAUUUAGAGGGACAAACGAAAACCAGCGGAUGGCGGAUUCUGAACGACUUGACGCCCGUUACAUUCUGCGCCAUGACGGUGCGGCCUUCUUCUCCGCAGGCAGAGUGUUUUCUUUGAUGUUCCACGAGCCCUUAGGCCUCAAGCGUGGCGAGCAACUUCCUCGAGGUUUAGACCCUCGAAGGGUGAGUGUGGGACCUAUGGGGACACUCAUCUACAGCAAGAUCAGAUGGAUGGUUGUCAUCAGCAAACGGCAAGGGUACUCGGUCUGCGUGCCUAUCAAUACCUAUGGAGGGCGAGGCGUUGGGCAGAAGAAGAUGGGCCCCGAGGCGCAGGCUCACGCGAUUGCAUAUCCCAGCAAACAAGCCAAACCACCUGGGCUCCUGCCGGGGGAGCCUCAAUUCAAAAAGAAAGCAAUCGCCGUCGAUCUCAACGACGGGCACUACUUGGAUGAUGCCAGCCGAAUCCACUUCGGAAAGCUGCAAUCCAUUGAGUGGAAUGUCAAAGUCAUGGAUAUUGGCCGUAUCGCUCUGCGGUCCAUAGCGGACUUUGAGGAGUACUGGAGAGACGAGUUCUCUCCGCGAGAGAAGCCGCGAGAGAAGCCACGAGAGAAACCACUUCUUGACGCUACUUCUUGACGCCAACACAUCACGUUAAGGGUCCGGACAGGCGCACAUCGCAGAAGGAAAUUUGCGGUGCUGGAUCGGUGCUCACACAGUUCGACAUUCAUACGUAUGAGAGCCUCGAAAUAUCAGAUUGCCGCACCACGAUUGUGGUUGUUUUUGCAUUCGGGUUCUGUGUUUUGGUGGUCAAGGACGAUAACUGUUUGCUUGCGUCAGUUUCUACUGUUCCCAGAGGCCUCGCACUCCUUUUCCGGAGAGCCUUGUUGAACUCAAUUGGCAGGAAAAUGGAGGGGCCAGUCAGUGAGAAGCUCAGAGGAAAUCCUCCGUGUGGAGGCCCUCUGACCCGCUGCUUUUGGUGGACGCCAGGGACAAGUGCCACAGAUGGAUCGACGGAAGGUGUUUGACUCAUCUGACCUGUCAGUUGUAUUGGAUCUUUCAUUCGGCCAGCAACAGUCAGACCAUGCGCCUUGUGUAUGGCUACGAUAAUCUAAC